AUGGCGACGAGCAAAUGCUACUAUCCACGGCCAAGCCACCGUUUCUUCUCCAGUGAACAACACGUCACUACCGCUUCCGAUUUCGAGCUCGACGAGUGGGAUCUUUACAAUACCGGUUCAGAUUCUGCUCCCGGUUUCAGUUUUGGUGACCUUACAAUCAACUCCGGUCGAACCGGAGUCAACAAGAAAAGUCGCGGUGGUUUGCUUUCAGAGAAAUUUGCCGGUACAGCUGCGUCUUCGCUCCCGGUCAACGUGCCGGACUGGUCGAAGAUUCUCGGGGAAGAGAGUUGCCGGAGGCAGAUUUUGGAGGAGGAAGUCGACGGAGACGAAAUUUCUGCAUGCGGCGGAGGAACACGGCGUGUGCCACCGCAUGAAUUGCUGGCGAGUCGGAGGAUGGCGUCGUUUUCGGUUCACGAAGGUGCUGGGAGGACGUUGAAAGGGAGAGAUCUGAGUAGGGUGCGAAAUACAAUUUUUAAAAUCCGAGGGAUCGAAGACUGA